UGAAUGCAAGAGCCAUUGACUGGCGUCGCACUUGGCCAACUUGCGUGCAUGGAAGUGCUGCAUCUUUCCUCGCUUUUUCAAUGAGAUUUGUGAGUCGGGUCUUGAUAAGCGGAUGCAAUCUACAAAGCAACACAGACACUUGGGAGCUACAUCUUUUAGAAAAACAACGGCCACACGUUUUCACCAUCACAUUUAUUAUCCAUUACUGGGGGAACUCUAAACCAACAUCAGCUAAUUACCUUUAAAUGCCUCAGAAAGCUUCCGGUCUAAAAUUCCGGCCCGAGGAUGGCCUUCCUGAAAAACAAGGUCUCUAUGAUCCAGAGCUAGAGAAGGAUUCUUGUGGCGUUGGUUAUGUUGUCAGCAUCGAUGGCGUCAAAUCAAAUCGUGUCAUCAAAGAUGCGGAGAGAAUGCUCAUACGAAUGGAGCACCGUGGGGCCUGUGGGUGUGACAACGAGACUGGCGAUGGUGCUGGUGUGUUGGUCGGGAUGCCGCACGCAUACUUUGAAACGAAACUCAGGGAAGAAGCUAAUGCCACACUGCCACCAGAAGGAGAGUAUGCCACUGGGAUCUUCUUCACUAAUAAGGAAUCAGUAGAACAGGCUGAGAAUAUCUUUACACGCUUGGCAUUGGACUUCCAAAUUGAGGUGCUAUUUUGGCGGAACGUGCCAGUGGAUGGCGCACACACAGGCAGUAUAGCCAAGGAGAGAGAGCCUCUUAUGAGACAGGUAUUCGUUACUAGUCAACUUGACAAAGAUGAAUUCAAGAAACAGGUAUACCUCCUGCGAAAGCAGGCGACCCAUCGCAUCCCCGAGGGAGGACUCCGAUUCUACAUCUGCAGUUUGUCCACGACUACUAUCGUAUAUAAGGGUUUGCUUGCUCCAAGACAGCUGUUCGUCUACUUCAAAGAUCUUGCAGAUCCCGACUUUGUCACCCAUCUGGCUCUCAUCCACAGCAGAUUCUCGACUAAUACCUUCCCAAGCUGGGAGAGGGCACACCCCCAGAGAUACCUGGCCCACAAUGGUGAGAUCAACACCUUGCGGGGUAACGUGAAUGCAAUGAAGGCCCGCGAAGGUGUCAUGAAGAGUUCUAAGUUUGGCGAUCAGUUGAAGCUUCUCUAUCCUGUUAUUGAAAAAGGCAUGUCGGAUUCGGGAUCCUUCGACAAUGUGCUGGAGUUCCUUGUCGAGGCGAGUGAAAGGACACUACCAGAGUCAAUGGUGACCCUCGUCCCUGAAGCCUGGCAGAAUGAUCCUACGAUGUCUAAGAAGAAGAAAGCCUUCUAUAAGUGGAGCUCAUUUGUUAUGGAACCAUGGGAUGGACCUGCGUUACUGACGUUCAGUGAUGGUCGAUACAUUGGAGCUAUCCUGGACAGGAAUGGCCUGCGUCCGUCAAGGUUUUAUGUCUCCAAAGACAAUCACAUGUACAUGGCCAGUGAAGUAGGAGUGACUAACCUUAAACCAUCUGAUGUUGUCUACAAGCACCGUCUGAAACCAGGCAGGAUGUUACUGGUUGAUACCCAGGAGAAGAUAUUCUGGGACGACGUCAAGUUGAAGGAUCACUUUGCCGAUUUGAGACCAACUGAAGACUGGAUUGAAAGUGAGAUGAUUACUAUGGAUCAACUCUACAAGCACAAAGCAAGGCAGAUUGCUAGUCAGCGGAGGACGAGUGACGCAGCCAACUAUCACGGCAGUGUGGUUGAGGAGGAUCGCCGUCUGCCACUGUUUGGUUACAGCAUAGAAGCACUGAGCCUGUUGAUCUUACCCAUCUUCAGGGAAAAGAAAGAAUCCCUUGGCUCAAUGGGCAAUGAUGCACCACUAGCCUGCCUGUCACAGUACAAUCCACUGGUAUUUGAGUACUUCAAGCAGCUCUUUGCCCAGGUCACCAACCCACCCAUCGACCCGUUCAGGGAGAAAGUUGUGAUGUCUUUGUCCUGUCCAGUUGGUCCAGAGGGCAAUCUCUUGGAGCCGUCGUCUGCUUACUGCAAGCGUCUGUGGCUCACCCAACCAAUCCUGUCUCUGAAAGAUACUGCUAUCCUAAAGGGAACAGAUUUCAAAGGAUGGCAGACAACAGUUAUCGAUACAGUCUACGGAGUAACUGAUGACCAUACCCAACUCGCCAAGGCCCUUGAUAAAAUCUGCGAAGAAUCUGUGCAGGCUGUAAACAAUGGCGCCACACUGAUCAUACUGUCUGAUAGACUUGCCGGCCUGGAAUACAUCCCGAUCAGUUCCCUGCUGGCGAUCGGUGCGGUUCAUCAUCAUCUGAUUAACCUAGCCCUCCGGCAGAAGGUUGGCAUCAUUGUAGAGACCGGAGAGGCGAAAGAGAUGCAUCACCUGUGUUUACUUCUCGGCUUCGGAGCAGACGCCAUCUGUCCCUACAUGAUCUUUGAAGCCGUGCAGCAGAUGAGGGAGCAGGGAGUGUUGGAGCCGCCUGGUAUGACCGACAAACAGAUCUACCAAGCGUUUGUUUCUGCUACGGACAAGGGCAUCGCCAAGAUUAUGGCAAAGAUGGGCAUAUCUACCCUACAGAGUUAUAAGGGUGCCCAGAUCUUUGAAGCUGUCGGUCUGAGCAAGGAGGUGGUGGACCGUUGCUUCCAGGGGACGUCUUCCAGACUCGGCGGUGUUACCUUCGAAAUCUUAGCAGCAGAGGCGUACAGUCGGUAUCUUUAUGCCUACUCGGACCGGAAGUGUGAUAAUCGUACUGUUGCUAACCCGGGAUUUUAUCACUGGAGAGACGGUGGAGAAAAACACAUGAAUAGUCCUUUGAAUAUUGCAAACUUGCAGGACGCUGCAAAGCGAAACAACAAGAACGCCUAUGAGAAGUUUUCCGAAUCUGCGUUCGAGUCGAUCAAAGGAUGCACUCUCCGUGGCCAGUUGGAUAUGAUAUUCAGCAAUGAACCACUGGAUAUAUCAGAGGUUGAACCUGCUGCUAACAUUGUCAAGAGAUUUGCCACUGGUGCCAUGAGUUUUGGCAGCAUCUCCAUCGAGACUCACACUACUUUGGCUAUUGCUAUGAACCGAGUUGGAGGCAAGUCGAAUACCGGAGAGGGCGGGGAGAAUGCCGAUCGUUACCUGAACCCUGACCCCCAAAAUAACAAGAGAUCAGCAAUCAAACAGGUUGCAUCUGGACGUUUUGGUGUGACCAGCUCAUACCUAGCUCAUGCUGACGAUCUCCAGAUCAAGAUGGCACAAGGCGCUAAACCAGGCGAGGGCGGUGAGCUCCCAGGCAGGAAGGUCUCCCCUGAGAUUGCACACACCCGUCACACGACCCCAUACGUUGGCUUGAUCAGCCCGCCACCUCAUCACGACAUCUAUUCCAUCGAGGAUCUGGCACAGUUGAUUUAUGAUUUGAAAUGUGCCAAUCCCUCGGCUAGGAUCAGCGUCAAAUUAGUAUCUGAGGUUGGGGUUGGAGUCAUUGCGGCUGGCGUUGCCAAGGGUAAAUCGGAGCACAUCACGAUCUCUGGUCACGAUGGUGGUACUGGAGCAAGCAGUUGGACAGGCAUCAAACAUGCAGGGCUUCCGUGGGAGUUGGGGAUUGCUGAGACACAUCAGGUGCUGGCCAUGAACGAUCUAAGGUCUAGGGUAGUUCUACAGGCUGAUGGACAGAUUAGGACAGGUUUCGAUGUUGUAAUGGCGGGUCUCCUUGGAGCUGACGAGAUGGGCUUCUCAACUGCUCCAUUGAUUGUCCUCGGCUGCACCAUGAUGAGAAAGUGCCACCUCAACACUUGUCCUGUUGGUGUCGCAACCCAGGAUCCAGAACUGCGAAAGAAAUUUGCAGGCAAACCAGAACAUGUGGUCAACUACUUGUUCAUGUUGGCGGAGGAGGUCCGUAGCAUCAUGGCAAAACUGGGUUUCAGGACAUUCCAGGAAUUGAUUGGGCGUACAGACAAACUUUGUAUGUCCAAGGAACAGGCCAACACGAAGGCUGGAAUGUUGGACUACACUCCGAUAUUGAAAAAUGCCUUGGAUAUACGCCCUGGGGUGUCUGUUGCUGGUGGUAGUGUGAAACAGGAGUUUGAUCUGAAAAAUCGAGUGGACUACAAAGUUCUUGAACUGGCGAAGGAUGUGAUAGAUGGCAAAGCAAAGGAAUGCAAUAUCAACAUGCCUAUUACUAACGAAGACAGAACAUUCGGAGCAACACUUAGCUAUCAUAUAUCUUGCAAGUACAUCGAAGCAGGUCUUCCAGAUCACAGCAUCAACAUCCAGCUGACUGGAUCAGCGGGGCAAAGCUUCUGUGCCUUCCUGGCCAAGGGUGUCCACGUCACACUUGAAGGAGAUGCUAACGAUUAUGUUGGCAAAGGUUUAUCUGGCGGUGAGAUCAUCGUCUUCCCACCCAAAGAUGCUCCAGCAGACUUUAAGUCAGAGCUGAACAUUAUUGCUGGUAAUGUUGUCAUGUAUGGUGCGACGUCUGGGAAAGUCUUCCUGAGAGGGCAGACUGCAGAAAGAUUUGCUGUCAGGAACUCUGGCGCGAUUGCUGUGACUGAGGGGUGUGGUGACCACGGUUGUGAGUACAUGACUGGAGGAAAGGUUGUUAUCCUUGGCUUGACUGGACGGAACUUUGCUGCAGGAAUGUCGGGCGGAAUAGCGUUUGUUUAUAACAAAUCCCAAGAUUUCAUUGGGAAGUGCAACAAAGAGAUGGUUGACCUUGAACCUGUUGAAGAAGAGGAAGAUCACACUUUCCUGCACGAUAUUUUGACUGAAUUUGUCCAAAAGACUGGCUCAACUCUUGCCCAGGGAAUCCUUGAUAACUUCGACACUGAAAUGAAGUGCUUUCUUAAGGUGUUCCCAAAAGAAUUUCGCCGAGUUCUUCGUGAGAUGGCUGAGCAGAAGGCCACCCAGGAAGCCGAGAAGGCUGCAGCGGAGAAGGCCGUAGUGAAUGGCGUCGAGGUCAAUGGUAACGGAUGUGAUGACGUAAACGAGGAGCUAAAACCUGAGCCUAAGGUGCUGGAUAUUGAGGAUUCCAUUCCUGAUGAUGAACUGCAGCAGAGGUUGAUAGAGAAGAUGCUGGAUAAGACACGAGGAUUUGUGAAGUAUAGGCGGAGUACUAACCAGUACCGUGCACCGAAGGAGAGGUUGAAUGACUGGGGUGAGAUCUACAAUCACGAGGGUGUCAAGAAGGGUCUGAAGAAGCAGGCUGCCAGAUGUAUGGAGUGUGGUGUGCCAUUCUGUCAAUCUGACCACGGUUGUCCACUUGGUAAUAUCAUACCAAAAUGGAAUGAUCUAGUUUUCAAUGACAAUUGGAAAGAAGCCCUCUACACUCUUCUUCAGACUAACAACUUCCCAGAGUUCACCGGGAGGGUCUGUCCUGCACCAUGUGAGGGCGCCUGUGUGCUUGGUAUUCACUCGCCUGCAGUCACCAUCAAGAACAUUGAAAAUACCAUCAUCGACAACGCAUUCGAGCAAGGCUGGAUCGUUCCUGAGCCUCCAGAGAAUAGGACAGGGAAGCGAGUUGCUAUUGUUGGAAGUGGGCCUGCUGGUCUUGCAGCUGCUGCCCAGCUUAACAAGGCUGGCCACACUGUGACUGUUUACGAGAGGAACGACAGAAUUGGAGGGCUCCUGCGCUACGGUAUCCCUACCAUGAAGCUGGGCAAAGAUGUUGUUCAACGCCGCGUUGACCUGAUGGAAAAAGAGGGCAUCACGUUUGUUACCAAUGUCAAUGUUGGUAAAGAUAUACCAGCCCAGAAACUCAAGGAUGAGAAUGACGCUGUGCUACUUAGUGUUGGAGCAACAUGGCCCAGGGACUUGCCCAUUCCAGGGCGUAAUUUUAAAGGUAUCCACUUUGCCAUGGAGUUCCUUGAGACGUGGCAGAAAAAACAACAGGGCAAUGCAAAUGAUUUCCUCAAGUUGUAUGCUAAAGAUAAAGAUGUGCUCGUGUUGGGCGGUGGGGACACUGGUUGUGAUUGUAUCGGUACUUCACUUAGGAUGGGGGCAAAGAGUAUAGUGACAUUUGAAAUCUUGCCACAGCCACCACCAAACCGUGCCAUUGACAAUCCUUGGCCAACUUGGCCAAAGAUAUUCCGAGUUGAUUAUGGCCAUGAGGAAGUUCAGGUGAAGUUUGGCCGAGAUCCGCGGAGGUACUGCAUGCUGACCAAGGAAUUCGUUGGCGAUGCUGAUGGGAAUGUGUGUGGUCUGAAGGCAGCCGAGAUUGAAUGGAAAAAAGAUGAGACAGGGAGGUGGCAGAUGGCAGAAGUGCCAGGUUCUGAGACUGAGCUAAAAUGUGAUCUGGUGCUACUAGCUUUGGGCUUCCUUGGACCAGAGAAAUACAUCGUUGAGCAGCUGAGUCUAAACCAGGACCCUCGAUCCAAUAUUGAUACACCAAGAGGAAAAUUCUCUACAGGGGUGCAAGAUGUCUUUGCAGCAGGAGAUUGCCGUCGUGGUCAGUCCCUUGUUGUUCAUGCCAUCAACGAAGGUCGCCAGGCUGCGAGAGAGGUAGACAUGCAUCUAAUGGGACGUACCUCCCUCGCUGGACCAGGUGGCAUUGUCCAUGAGGAUCGCUAUACAGCUUGAAUAGGAGAAAAUAUGCAGAUUCAUCUGUCAUGUUGACAAGUUUGAAAGCUGUUCUCUAGGUUAUAUUGGUCUUAGAUUUUACAGUGCGUAAGACCUACUUAAGUUAGAAAUUCUGAACAAAUCAUGAGGUGAUGACUUCGUACCCUGAUCCAGAGGAGGCCUGAUGGUGUAAAAACAUAGUGUCACCAAAGAUGAGGGGCACUGAACUAUAGUGUUACCCAUUGGACACUACUCUGAUCAUGGUUUGAGGUGAUGACCCAAUGCAUUUGAUAGUUUGGAAUCAUAUCAUGUUUGAUUAGAUGGCCAUUUGUGAGCACUGAUGUUAAGUUUGAUGGAGGGAUAAGUAGCUUAUUAGUGGUAAAAGAUGUGUGUUCACUGUUAUACUUUACGAAUGUCUGUCCUGCUGCCAUGAUUCUGUAUUCUAAAGGGCGUUGGUCACAGAUCACCAAUGUUUGUUAUGGAAGCUUUACUGUCCGAGGAUGCAGUAAUUUGUUGCAAUAGUCAAAGAACAUUAUCGUCUGUGGUCCCGGAUUGUGUGAGCUGUAUUUUGUGUAAGUAUAAAGAUCAGUAUUCUUUGUUUUGAUAGAAAUAUACAUAAGUGAUAAUCGUUUCAGCUGAGUAAUGUCAUAUUGCUUUUUGCCCCUUUGGUAGGGAUAGUCAUAGUGCCCAUUGGGUAUGCCGCACAGCACCUCCCAGUUUUGAAUCUGAAUGUUAUCGAAUUAUGUUCAUUCCUUGAGAGCAAAUAUGUAUGCAGGGAAUUUGAGAAUGAUAUUUUCGGUGGCUUGACAUAAGUGAACCAUUAGAACCUCUGGUCACGUACCGUAGAUUAAAAAUGAAUUCAAUAAAGAUUUUGUGUGAAAAUGUGAUGUUUUACUGACUAUCUAUGGUACAAUAAUAUCGCAUCGGUUAGGACUUGUAAAAAAGUAAUGAUCAGUGUUAAUAUAUAGUUUGUAACCUUAUGGGAAGUUAGAAACCAAGUACAGUAGAAUGAUUUAGAUAUUGAAUAGUGAGCUGAGGUCAACUAGGACGGUAUUUAGCUCUUUAGAUAAUAAAUUUGUUAUGGUUGUGACAGAAAUCUAGAUUAGUUCGAAAGUCUGAUCUUGACCUGUCCUCUUAAGGUUGUGAACAGCAUUUAAGUCUGAUUCCAUGUUUUUCCAUCAGAAACUUAUGAAAGCCAUUUGUACCUGUUUUGCUUGAGUCCUGGUAGAGAGCUGUUUUCAGUGCAGAAAACCAUACAGUUUUCACUGGCCUUUGAUUAAUUUCAAUAAAAUUCAUUAACACCAUAAUAUUGUAAAGGGCCACAAAGGCCGGUGAAAGCUGCAAAACUGUGAUGGGAAACUGAUGUAGAGGAUUCAGGUGUUUAUUGAAAGAAUCUUGUGUUUUCCAUUUGCACCUUAGACAUGUCAGAACUACACCAUUUAUAUUGAAGUCUGUGAUGUCUUUCUUUACAUUUGUAUGCAGCUGAAUUUUGUUUAUGUGCCCCGACCCCAGGGCAGAUGGUUUGUACGCCAGUGAAAUGUUGGAAAACUGUAAAUGACCCCUUAAAUUGAACUGAAAUUAUGGGAAUUGUGGCGAUUGUUGAUGUUUACUGUUGUUUGUUACAUCAUGAUGUAAACAAAGAUUUUUCAGUUCCAAUCUUCAGUUUCAGUUUUGCAGUUUUAAUCUUCUUUUCUUUGAUGCGCUUUGAACAAGGCAUGGUAGAAAAGUGUGUGAAGUUGUAAUGUAGACA